GAAAAGAAACGUAUUGUGCCAUACUAUUCCUAAUUUAGUGCUGUGCAGUUUUUAUUAGUUUUAUUUUGCUGUUAAAACAAACCAUUAAUUUGGAGUAUCUCGCAACAGUUGGCAAAAAAUUAUACUUUUUAGCAAAAGAAACCGACUUGAAUGUACUAAGAUCCUUGAUUAAUGAGUUCAAAGAAAAUGGCAUAAAAAAUUUAACUUUUCGAUUGUCUUUGCUCCGUCGAAAUUGCUUGUUAUGAGUAUUUGAAAAUGAAAUCGAUUUUAAAUAUCGCGAAUUGGGAUCUAAAAUUAAGAAAGAUGAGUGUUAUUUAUGGUUUACAUUUGGGUGCUGAAUUGAAUAGCGUAAAUCGGAUUUUGUAUAUGUACAAGGUUACGUACUCAUUUUUAUAGUGAAAAAAAAGUAAAUGCUUAAAAAUACGGCCACGAUCACAUAAAUUCGAACCCGUCAACAGGUUUAGUAUCUUCGAAAAAGUUUUAAAACAUAAUACAUCGGAACUUGAGAUAAAAUAAUGUUUGUGAUUGAUUCUCCUAGAAGUAAUUAUGAGGGAUUCACUGAAAAUAAUUGUUUACUUGGUGUCUGUCGUGACUGUAACAAUGCAAGUGAAUACUCGUUCCUACAGUGUCUUCACCAAAGUUAUUGGGAGUAUCAUUUGUCGUCGCAUAAAGAAUUUAAAUUUUUGACAUUUACCACAGAGUAGUGAGACAUUUUUACCUCUUAAGAUGAAUAUGACUGAAAUCAAACUCACACAAAACAAACUACAUGUAAAUUAGAAGAUAACAAAGCGCCCAAAUGCUAAUUGAACAAGAUUGUCGAGUUGCGUAUCACUUAUGACAUGUAAUCAUGAUUUUCACCUGGAGGUUAAAAAGGUCUGCGAAUAAGAAUUCCUACGGUUUACGUGGUGAACUUAAGUCAUGUAGCCUACAGACGCGUACACAUUGCACAACUAUCAGAUUCUUCCUAGUGCUGAGUACAACCAUGAGGUAACGAGCGAAGAAUUUUGCUAGCAACAUGAAGAAUGUAGAAUGCCAACCAUGAGUAACGAGCUGUAUCAAGUAUGCACUGAAGAAACUGUCGAUUAAAUAAGGUGUUGAGCCCAUUCACACUCUAUUCCGACCCUUUUGAAGCUGUUUCUCAGAGAUGGCUGGACCGAUUUGCCCAAACUUAGUCUCAAAUGAAAGGUGCAACCCUCCCAUCGGCUACUAUUGCAUUGUAUCGAUCGGAAUUCUGGUUCCGGAAUUACGGGUUUAAGAGUGCGGCCACACAGAAAUUUCUCAUAUAAACUAUAGGAAAUAUUAAAAAUAGAAUUUUUAUUUUUGACGCUAAAUGUCUUUGAGGUGCAUGAAACGUCGAGAUUUGAGGCAAACUCGAAAAAAAAUAUGACGAAAAUGCUUGACGAAAUCUGACGAAAUUUUUUUGGAUUUUGGCACAUUUUUGCCUUUCUCAUAUAGAAAGGUUAUGCAAUCACUCUGAAAAACGUCAACCUAAUCCCGGCAUAAGGUUUCUGGAUUUCAACAGGUGCGUAGUUGAUUGUAUACGGAGAGGGGUUAACACCCCCCCUCCCCCACUCUAAUGUUCACUCCUCUCCCUUUAAAAUCCCCUUAAAUCACCCCUCAGACCACCACCCCACCCAGCCACAAAAUGAGAUAGCAAGCAGAUAACUGAUUUGGCUGAUGAAGUAUGAUAUUUUUUUGUUUCAAGUGUUUCACCGUCGACACGUAGCUCAUCAAGUUCGUGCUGGCAAGCCAUUGUUUAUAAGUUCAAAGUGCACUAAGAAUGUAAUGGACUUUUCCACAAUUAUGUUGAACAUAAUCAGCCACCGAACCAUAGUUUAGAGAAAUGAGAAUGGCACAAAUGCACCGCUAGGUGGAUUAAAACAGGUUUUUUUAUAUUUACGUAUUCUUAAAUACUCACUAAAACUCUGUUCAAUCUGCAGAACUAGAACAGCUUUUAAUAAUUAUUAAUAAUGUGAACGUAAUAUAAUGCUCCAUAAAAUAUUAAGGGGGAGUAAGGGUUCCAACGUGAAAGAACUUCUUCGCGAUUUUUUUUUUAAAUUUGAAUAAAGCGAAUUGAUCGAAACUGUUGUGCAUUAUAAUGUAUCAUUUGAAUCACAUUUUAUAGUUUUUCUAUGCAAAAAUAUCAACAAGCUACUCGAUGUCGAAGCUGUGGAUGCUCGCGAAGGGCUCGAGCGUUUGUAAGUUAACGUGUUUGUCGCUUGCGCUAGCGUGUAUGAAACUUCGCGUGCAAAAAUUCGAUUUUAUAACCGUGUGGCCAUUCGCAUAUCCGUUUUUGUAGAACGUUUCUGUAAAAAACACGAUUUGCUGUGUUAACUGCCAUUCAAAAACAACUUAACCGAUUUGUUUCAAACUUUGCAUACACAUUCUAUGAACAAAACACUUAACCCUGACGUCAAGUUUUUGAGAUAAUUUUUCAAUUAAGGGGGUUUUUAGCUCAUAUAAUGGCGGAAUUUUUCGUGAAAAAUAGCAAUUCCGCCGUUUUAGCGCCGUUUUAGAAUUCCAAGAUCUAUGAACUGUCAACAACCUCGUUUCGUAUCCCAUUAAUUUUCACCUAGGAGCCAAUCGGUAUUACCUUAUUCUCUUCCAGCUAUCAUGUACUGUGUCUCGUCAGAGUUUAUAGACUGUCAUAUUAUUGCAGUCUACCUCUCAAAAGACACAAAUGCCUCGUCCACUUUUCUGCCAUUUACGCCGAUUUUCAUACCAAAUCUUUGCAUCAUACCUUCGAGCACUUGAACACUAAGUAAGAGAUCUAACAUCCAAUCUAACAUCCAAAACGAAUCGGAUAUUUCUCCGACUGUUUUGACAUUUCAUUUUGUCCCAUUCAGCGUCAUAUGAACAGCUUAAGGAAUUUUUUCGACAAGGCAUAUUCAAACAUUAUCUGUUCGCUUCGUUUCACUGAAUCGUACGCUGCUUUUAAAUCCAUAAACAGAGGCUCCUAAGUAAUCAAUGCUGGAAAUCAGUAGCUGCAUUCAAUUGGCCAAUAUUACUCGAUAAGUCCCUUUCACCAUGGAGGAACACGGGAACAAAUCCAUGGAUUCGCACACCGAAGCCAUUCGUAGAUACGUUUCAGAAGUUCCAAUCUUUCCGACAACCUGCUAUAGUCAGAGCUCUUUUCGGGUUAUCUGUAAUCGAACAGUCAUCUGUGUGCUACUGCUAGCCGUCGUAGUGCUCUCGUCAGUUUUCUUCGCAAUUUUCCACUAUGGAACCAACAAGCCAGAAAUCUGUCACAGCAAGGAAUGCCUCCGGUCGGCCGCUGCCUUCCAGCAGAGCAUGGACCUGACCGUGGAUCCGUGCGAGGACUUCUACUCGUACGUUUGCGGCAACUGGGCCGCUGAUCAUCCACGUCCAGUAGCAAGUCGCAUGUACAACUGGAUUGACGAUCGACAACUGAAAAUCUUCGGCAACAUAAUGGCUAUGCUAGAGAUGAACAUCAGUCAGUCAGACCCGAAACCGGUUGCGCAGUCAAAGAUGAUGUAUAAAGCUUGUCUGGACACCGCUACCCGUGAACAACAAGGGUUCAAUUCAAUCGCUAAAUAUCUGAAGGAAUUCGGACUGCCCACGAUUCCCACUUUGUUAAACUACACAGAAAGUACUCCGGAAAAUUUCACAUUUGACUGGAUCAGUUCGGUUGCCAGGAUUUAUCGAAAGCUAGGAAUAAAAAUCAUCAUAGGGUUUGAUAUUGUUCCGGAUUAUCAAAAUAAGACACGCAACAGGUUGACUUUCAGCUACUAUUCGACACAUAAAACUACUAACUCGAGUAGUGAUGGUGACGAGAACUACGAUAAGGAUUCGGAGAAAGAUAAUGGCAAUACAACGAAAAUUUCUAAAGCUUUAAAGCAACUCAUUGAGGUAAUCCAGCCAAGCAUAAAUACUACGAAUAUACAUGAUAGAUUUUCGAAGUUAGCAGAGCAGUUAAUCGAAUUUAACCAAACUCUUCCGGACAAACCAGAAUACACCGAAGAAGAUCCGAGCUACCUGAGUGUUCAAGAGCUGCAAAAUCUAACGGAUUCAUGUCUAGCUCCAAGAAACCCAAUCCCGAUAUGGCAACGCUAUCUAGACGUACUGUUCGCCGAUCUGCCGGAUGUCAAACCAACCGCGGAGGAUAAGCUACAAAUCGACAACGCUACCGUUGAAUAUCUUCAGCAACUCGUGGAUGCUGUAUCUAAACACUCGGAUGCACGGAUCGAACUCUACGUCUGGAUGAUGGUAACCAGCUAUCUGGUGAACAACACACUAAACGUCAUUAAAACAGACUUUGACUGCACCGAUUAUGUACAAGCUUUUAUGGGUCUGGCCGUCAACUAUGCAAUCUCCGAGAAGGACUUUUUUGUCGAAACAAAACCACGCGUCGAAAGAAUGCUGCAUGACAUUCGAACCCAGUUCGACCGAUUCGUAGUGGAGACAGACUGGAUGGAUAAGUACACAACGCAUAACGCGCUCGAGAAGUCCGAAGCGAUGAGCAGUUUCAUUGGAUUUCCCGAGUGGAUUUUGGACGUGGAGAAGCUGGAACAUUACUAUGAGGGGUUGCAGAUCAACGAUAGUUGCCAUCUUGAGAAUUGGAUCAAUGCAACGCAUUUUCUGCUCACGGAUAAGUUGCAGUCUUGGCGACUAGAGAACAACCGUUUUUCGGUUUUAAACACAGUAAAUGUGAAUGCAUACUACAUUCCAGAAUGGAAUUUGAUUCACAUUCCCGUUGCUAUAAUUAAGUAUCCCUUCUACUAUCUUGGAUUGGAAGCCUUGAACUAUGGAGCACUCGGGGACAUUCUAGGUCAUGAAUUUACCCACGCUUUCGACAAUACAGGUCGUCUCAUCGAUAAACAUGGGAACAAGAAAAGCUGGUGGUCAAACCAGACGAUUCAGGAGUACGACGAUCGAGCAAACUGUCUAGUUGAUCAAUACAGCAACUACUACGUUACAUUGGCGAAAUCAUAUGUAAAUGGUACUCUAACGCUUGGUGAAAACAUCGCUGACAACGGUGGUCUUCGGCAAGCUUUUUGGGCCUAUCGAUUGUUUGCAAAGGAACACGGCCUAGAGUCGAGUCUGCCGGGAUUCGAGGACUUCACGCAUGAGCAACUUUUGUUUAUAUCGUUUGCUAAUUUAUACUGUGAUGUCAUUUCGCCUGAUGCUGCUUCCGAGCUGUUGCUAACGAAUGUACAUAGUCCGUCCAGAUUUCGAGUACUUGGAGUUCUUAGUAAUAUGGGAGAGUUCAGUGAGGCGUUCCGGUGUCCUAUUGGGAGUGCGAUGAAUCCCACAAAAAAGUGUCGCAUAUGGUGAUCGUUCUUUUCGAAUUAAUUAGGGAAGACGCAUCCUAAUUCAUCUUUAUUCAUCACAUUUUGGGAUGGCUCAGCUUCAAACAAGGGGCAUAAUACCAUUUGACAGAAAUAAACUUUUAAG